AUGUUGCUCUCAAAACUCUGCCCCUUACUCUUCUCAGCACUUUCAGUCCUGGCACUGCCAGUUGAAAAAGCCAGCGACUUGACAGCAACCCCCUCAAAGCGUGUCUCCGCCGCAAAAUAUGCUGAGGUCGCCCACAGAGCAGUUGGGAUGGAAGUGUACCCGGCAAAUUUCGAGGCCGUCGACUCAGCAGACGUCAUCCACGGAGCACAGUAUUUGGCUAAGCGCUUUUUCACCACCGAGUAUCUUGCAGGGCUUGACGGCGAGGAGAUCGUUGAGGCGUACCCGGCCUAUGUCAAUCACGCUGGCUCGAAUGAGGUGAUGGGAGGAUACCUAGGUAGUAGCUCAUGA